GAAGCUCCAAGCACCUUGAUAUUUACCUGGUCGCCUGGCGUGCUUCUCAAUUCCUUGUCGAAACACAAGCAGAUAGCUAUAUUGUUCCUCAGUAACUUGUAAGCAAGACAAUGGCGACACGGAACGACCGUUACAACAAGCUCUCGCCGCAGGAGCGCCGUGCUGGCGAAUCGGCUCUCAGCGACUUUGCCGACUACGUCCAAAAGCAACAGGCCAAACGUCGCCAUCCCCAGGACCAGGAGCCAGCAAACGGCACUCAGCCUGCCGCCGCGACCGAAGAGCAUGCUGAGCUCGACAUUCUCGACUCUCUCAACCUCAGUGACGAACCCACCAAUGCCCGACUAAAACACCUCUUCCUUGACAAGUCUGACGAUGUUGACGAGAGUAUAAGCACGCUUGCAGGUCUCGUCAACGGCCGUCUGGAGGAUGGCCAUGGAGAGGCCAUGUUCGAUCUUGGUCUGGAGGACAACGGCGACUCGAUGGGCUUUGACAAGGAAGACUGGGACUUUGCCCUGGCAAGACUACACAUCAUCACCGAAUCAUUAGGCGCCGACUACCGUUUACUGAUGACCAAAAAUGUUGGAGGCGAGGCCGAAGUCGAUGUUAGUCCCAAAGAGAAGGCAUGCAGUGGAAAGUUGAUGAUCAGGCGGCGGCCGAGCUCGGUUGAUAAUGUCAUCGAGACGCGAAUAGCUGUCGUCGGCAACGUUGAUGCUGGAAAGAGCACCAUGCUUGGCGUCCUGGUCAAAGGUGGACUUGACGACGGGCGUGGAAAGGCGCGUGUCAACCUGUUCCGUCACAAGCACGAGAUUGAAAGUGGAAGGACAAGUUCGGUGGGUAUGGAAAUCAUGGGCUUCGACAGCAAGGGUGAGGUCGUCAUGGCUCAAACUGCCGGUCGCAAGUUGUCCUGGGAGGAGAUUGGCAACAGAUCGGCCAAAGUUAUUGGCUUCACCGAUCUAGCUGGCCACGAACGCUACUUGCGCACCACCGUCUUCGGUAUGCUCAGCAGCGAACCCAACUACUGUCUGCUCAUGGUCGCUGCGAACAACGGCCUGAUUGGCAUGAGCAAAGAGCAUCUCGGAAUCGCUCUCGCCCUCAACGUACCAGUCAUGGUCUGCAUCACCAAAAUCGACAUCUGCCCGCCGCAGAUUCUCCAACAAACCAUCACCCAGUUGACCAAGAUUCUGAAAUCGCCCGGUGCUCGGAAAAUCCCCAUCUUCAUCAAGAACAAGGAGGAGUGCAUCAACACUGCUACUCAGUUCAUCAGCCAGCGUAUCUGCCCCGUCUUCCAAGUCUCCAACGUGACCGGAGACUCCCUCGACCUCGUCCGCAUGUUCCUUAACAUCAUCCCUCACCACGGCCACUAUGAUGCCGAGGCCCCCUUCGAGUUCCACAUCAACGACACCUUCUCAGUACCCUUCGUCGGCACAGUAGUGUCAGGAGUGGUCAAAUCUGGCGUAGUCCACGCAGGCGACACCAUACUGGUUGGACCCGACGGACUCGGCAACUUCACAACGACCAGUAUCAGAAGCAUCGAGCGCAAGCGAAUAGGCGUUCCCGCAUGUAGCGCGGGUCAAAGUGCUAGUUUCGCGCUGAAAAAGGUGCGCAGAAAGGACGUACGCAAAGGUAUGGUAUGCCUUCUCAAAAACGACGACCUACCGCCGAAAGUCCAUCGCGAAUUCGUCGCCGAAGUGCUCAUUCUCAGUCACGCGACCACCAUCAAGACGAAAUACCAGGCUAUGCUGCAUGUGGGCCCAAUCUCUCAAACGUGUGCUAUCAUCGACAUCGAUAGAGCGUACAUCCGAACUGGCGAUCGUGCUACCGUGGCUUUUCGCUUUGUACAGAGACCAGAGUUCCUGUCUGUCGGCGACCGCAUACUCUUCAGAGAAGGAAGGACGAAAGGUCUUGGUAUUGUCAAGGCUGUUGGCUAUGACCCUAGCAAACCGCUCAACCCUGACGCUGGUAAGCAGAAGGCUGUCGCUAGCGCUGCUGUGGAUGCUACUCCCGCUGCUGCUCCGCCCACUGCUACUGUGUAAAGAUACAAUCUUUCACCAUGCAGGCUGGGUCGCAACAACAUCGUCUAAUUUGAUGAUGCACAUAUUGGCAGAUUUGGCAUUGCGGGACUUUCAGGCGCGUAACGGUCGCUUGCAAAGGCGUAGGAGGUGUACAUUCUCUAUUAUCACAUCAUUGUUCCUAGCUUCUAGAUGACAUGUGUAUAUGAAUCAAACGAUCACUACUUCCCGAGAUCAUAUUCUGGCUAGCA